UGCAAAAAUAGAAACAGGAAGUUGGUGCUGGAAAACUAAUCGCCUGACACUAGAAUGGGGAGUGAAUUCUGAUAAGUCUUAGCCCCAAGAAGUGUUCUAGAAAACUGUGUCAAAUCAAAAUUUGCUUGUGCCAAAGUGAUUAUAGAGAGCGUUGCAAAAAUAAAAAAUAAAAACAGUGAUAAGAACGUGAAAUCAAGUGCCUUGUAUGAGGAAGUUUUGAGAGGAAUUUUUUUCCAGUCAGUUCAGCCAGGAAUUCCUCUGAGAUAAUUUAUUGGGCUGAAUAGAUCUGUGAAUGAGAGUAGAUUUCGAGCAGUAUGCUCGACCGUGUGGCCAGGAAGUGAUUGUCGAUUGGGCGGGUGGAAUUAUGAGUCGAUUGGAUUUCGACACAACAAUGGAGUACAGAGACAAUGGCGUUCUCUGUGGCGUCAAGAGGAGUGCUGGCGUAUCAAGAGGCUGUCUCCUGGACGGAGUUCCGCCUUCGGCGCCACCUGAUGUUCCGCCGCGAAACCCCACAAUGAACCGGAUGAAUGGACGAGUAACUGGCAACCCCUCCGAGUUGGGUGUUGAAUUCGAGCCAUCCUGCCUGGUUAGGACACCAUCGGGCAAUGUGUACAUUCCAAGUGGAAAUAUAAAUAUUAACAAAGGUUCACCGAUAGACUACAAGAGUGGUUCGGGCUGUUCGACGCCCACAAAAGACACCCUAAAGAGCUACGACAGGAACUGUAUGGGCCCUGUGCUGCCUCCUCGCAGCGCAAUGUGUGGUCCACCCUCGCAUCAUUAUGCGGCCCCUAUGAGCUUUCGCAAGGGGUUCGCUAGUAAGUGCUCAUGGAAGUGCACUACCAUUAUCCUGGCCGUCGUCUGUGUCGGCCUUCUGUCCACACUUAUCGUACUCACAGCGUCCAACGUUCUAAGUUGGUCAUAUCAGAGUUGUCAGCAAUGCACAGUGGUUGUGGAUGAAAAUCCUGAGAUAAGUGUUGCCAAGAGCAUUGUCUCAGAUACAAAUCGUUCAAGUGCAGGUCGUACCAAACCCAUCACGUCAGUAAUGGCUCCUAGCAACGACGCUGCCAGUUCCUCAGCAUCUACAGCAAUUUCGGCUGCUGGUGCAACUGGAGGAGCCCGUACUUUUCCCGCAAGAGGCUUCCCACCAGAUGGUACGACCUUCUCCCAAAUAUCUUUGGGACAGAAGCUAUCCAAAUCCAUCGAUCCGUAUGGCUACUGGAAUAUGCAAUUCUACCAAUCUGAACCGGCUUACGUUAAGUUUGACUACAACAUCCCUCGAGGGGCCUCUAUCGGCGUUUACGCACGACGAAAUGCUCUGCCAACGCACACGCAAUACCACUUCAAAGAAGUCUUAAGUGGAUUCAAUGCACGCACAACGCGAGCAGCUCACCCUUCGGUGAGUCGUGAAGUUACCCGAUACAUGGAACCGGGUCACUGGUUUGUGUCAUUGUACAAUGAUGAUGGGGAUGAGCAAGAAAUCACAUUCUAUGCUGCUGUUGCUGAGGAUAUGACUCAGAAUUGUCCAAAUGGAUGUUCGGGAAAUGGACAGUGUCUACUAGGACAUUGUCAGUGCAAUCCUGGAUUCGGAGGAGAUGAUUGUAGUGACAGUGUUUGUCCGGUGCUCUGCUCCCAGCGUGGUGAGUACAUCAAUGGCGAGUGUCAAUGCAAUCCUGGUUGGAAGGGCAAAGAAUGCUCCCUUCGGCAUGAUGAAUGUGAAAUUCCCGACUGCAAUGGACAUGGACACUGCGUGAGUGGAAAGUGCCAAUGCGUGCGUGGAUACAAGGGAAAGUUCUGCGAAGAAGUGGACUGUCCGCACCCCACGUGCUCCGGUCAUGGCUUCUGCGCAGAUGGAACAUGCAUUUGCAAGAAGGGCUGGAAGGGCCUAGAUUGCGGUACAAUGGACAAGGAUGCACUGCAGUGCCUACCUGAUUGCACUGGACACGGUACCUUCAAUCUCGACACUCAAGUUUGCAAUUGUGAUGCCAAAUGGAGUGGAGAUGAUUGCUCAAAAGAACUUUGUGACUUGGACUGUGGCCAACAUGGGCGAUGCGUCGGUGAGACAUGCUCCUGCCAUGAGGGCUGGGGUGGAGAGUACUGCAACACGAAAUUGUGUGACCCGAGGUGCAAUGAACAUGGACAGUGCAAGAAUGGUACCUGCCUCUGCGUCAGCGGCUGGAAUGGCAAGCACUGCACCAUCGAGGGAUGCCCCUCUGGGUGUUCUACCCAUGGUCAGUGCCGAGUUGGUACCGAGAAUUCAUGGGAAUGCCGGUGCUUUGAGGGCUGGGAUGGUCCUGACUGUGCAGUUCCACUGGAACAAGAUUGCAACGACAACAAAGACAAUGACAAAGAUGGUCUGGUUGACUGUGAAGAUCCCGAAUGUUGCUUGAGCCACGAAUGUCGAACAAGUCAAUUGUGCGUUUCAGCACCAAAACCCAUCGAUAUCUUGCUAAGGAAGCAACCACCGGCCAUAACAGCGAGCUUUUUCGAACGAAUGAAGUUCAUCAUCGACGAGGGUAGUUUGCAGAACUACGCGAGGUUGGAAACUUUCAACGAAAGUCGUUCCGCUGUUAUUCGAGGGCGUGUGGUUACGUCACUGAACAUGGGUCUAGUUGGGGUGCGCGUGAGCACAUCUACUCCCCUAGAAGGCUUUACUCUAACUCGUGAUGAUGGAUGGUUCGAUCUAAUGGUGAAUGGCGGUGGAGCAGUGACCCUUCAAUUCGGUAGAUCACCCUUCAGACCACAAACUAGAAUUGUUCAAGUGCCCUGGAAUGAAGUCGUAAUCAUCGAUACUGUUGUCAUGUCUACUCAAGAAGACAAAGCUGCUACCAGUAUCACGCAUACGUGCUUCUCCCACGACUAUGAUACUAUGAAGCCUGUGGUAUUAGCUACUUGGAAACAUGGAUUCCAGGGAGCCUGUCCCGAUCGUAGCGCCAUCUUAGCAGAGUCUCAAGUGGUUCAGGAAUCUCUGCAGAUCCCAGGAACUGGACUAAAUCUGGUCUACCACAGCUCUAGAGCUGCUGGAUAUCAGUCCACAAUUAAACUUCAACUUACUCCCGACACGAUUCCCGCUACACUUAGUUUGAUCCACUUGAAAAUUACAAUUGAGGGAAUAUUGUUUGAAAGAGUAUUUGAAGCUGAUCCUGGUAUCAAACAUACGUAUUCCUGGAACAGACUUAAUAUCUACAGACAGAGAGUUUAUGGAGUAACCACUGCCAUUGUUAAAGUUGGCUAUCAGUACUCAGACUGCAAGGAUAUAAUCUGGGAAGUACAGACUACCAAGCUAAGCGGCCAUGAUAUGACGAUCUCAGAAGUUGGAGGAUGGAAUUUGGAUAUUCACCAUAGAUACAAUUUCCACGAAGGAAUCCUUCAGAAAGGAGAUGGAAGCAAUAUUUAUCUGAAACACAAGCCUAGAGUAAUCCUUACUACAAUGGGUGAUGGUCACCAACGUCCCUUGGAUUGUUCAGACUGUGAAGGUUCAGCUUCGAAGCAACGUCUUCUAGCUCCAGUUGCUUUAGCCGCAGCGGCUGAUGGAAGUCUAUUUGUCGGAGACUUCAACUACAUCCGUCGUGUCCGAACAGAUGGAACUGUCAGAACUGUAGUGAAGCUGAAUGCUACCAGAGUCUCAUACCGAUAUCACAUGGCUCUAAGUCCUUUGGAUGGAUCCCUGUAUAUUUCUGAUCCUGAAUCUCAUCAAAUUAUAAAAGUUAAGAAUGUUGAUGAUUUCUCUAACCCCGAACACAACUGGGAGCCUAUCGUUGGUUCAGGAGAACGGUGCCUACCAGGGGAUGAAGCUCACUGUGGAGAUGGUGCCUUGGCUAAAGACGCUAAACUGGCCUACCCCAAAGGCAUAGCAAUCUCAUCAACGAACAUCUUGUACUUUGCUGAUGGAACGAACAUUAGAAUGGUUGACAGAGAUGGAAUUGUUACUACGUUGAUCGGAAAUCAUAUGCAUAAAUCUCAUUGGAAACCUGUACCCUGUGAAGGAACACUGAAGCUCGAAGAGAUGCACUUAAGGUGGCCUACGGAGUUAGCUGUAAAUCCUUUGGAUGAUACUCUGCACAUCAUUGAUGACCACAUGAUCCUGAGGAUGGCUCCUGAUGGAAGAGUUAGAGUCAUUGCUGGUCGUCCUCUUCACUGUGCUUCUACAAUAGCAACCUACGACAGCGAUCUUGCAUCCCAUGCCACUCUGGUGAUGCCACAAAGCCUAGCCUUCGGGCCAACAGGAGACUUGUUUGUAGCAGAGAGUGAUUCUCAGAGGAUAAAUAGGAUACGAGUCAUCGGUACAGAUGGGAAGAUCGCUCCAUUUGCAGGUGCAGAAUCGAAGUGCAACUGCUUGGAAAGAGGAUGUGAUUGCUACGAAGCUGACCACUAUCUAGCUACAAGUGCCAAGUUCAACACAAUUUCUGCUUUGGCUUGCACUCCUGAUGGGCACGUUCACAUCGCUGAUCAAGCUAAUUACAGAAUUCGAUCAGUCAUCUCCAGCAUUCCAGAAACUAGUGCUUCCAGAGAGUAUGAGAUCUACUCCCCGGAAACUCAGGAGAUUUACAUCUUCAACAGAUUUGGUCAGCAUAUAGCCACAAAGAACAUCCUGACCGGUGAGACUAGCUACGUUUUUACCUACAACGUUAACACUUCAAAUGGGAAGUUAAGCACUGUUACGGACGCAGCUGGUAACAAAGUGUUCUUGUUGCGGGACUACACAAGCCAAGUGAACUCUAUUGAAAACACCAAGGGUCAAAAAUGUAGACUAAGGAUGACCAGGAUGAAGAUGCUACAUGAAUUGAGUACUCCAGAUAACUACAACGUUACGUUUGAAUACCAUGGAACAACUGGGUUGCUCAAGACAAAACUUGAUUCUACAGGAAGGUCCUAUGUUUACAAUUAUGAUGAGUUUGGUCGCUUGACCUCAGCUGUGACUCCAACUGGAAAAGUGAUUGAUCUCACUUUCGACCUCAGUGUUAAAGGAGCUACAAUAAAAGUAACUGAGAAUAGUCAGCGGGAAGUAUCUAUGUUGAUUCAAGGUUCAAGCGUUGUGACCAGAGUUGGAGAGGCUGAGACCAAGACAACAGUUCUUGUUGAUGGAGGAACUUCCAGCACAACUCAAUGGGGUCAUUCUGUUAGCAUGGAAUCUGUUCCGUAUAGUAUUCUAGCUGAAAUUGAUCCUCUAUUGGGCGAAAGCUACCCUGUUCCGGCUAAGCAGAGAACUGAGAUUGGUGGAGACCUUGCCAAUCGCUUUGAAUGGAGAUACUUCAUUCGAAGAGUCCAAGGAAAAGGCAAAAAUCAACGUCCAGUUGCUCAAAUAGGAAGAAAACUACGUGUCAAUGGCGAAAACGUUCUCACACUCGAAUACGACAGAGAUACUCAAUCUGUUGUAGCAAUGGUAGAUGAAAAAACUGAGCUUCUGAACGUUACCUAUGACAGAAGUGCUAGGCCUACAUCUUUCAAACCCCAGUCUGGAGAAUACGCAGAUGUUGACUUGGAGUACGAUCGCUUUGGGAGGUUAACUUCCUGGAAAUGGGGAGAUCUGCAAGAGUCAUAUACUUUCGAUCGCUCUGGUCGUCUUAACGAGAUCAAAUACGGAGAUCAGUCGUCGAUCGUUUACAGUUUCAAAGAUAUGUUCAGCAGUCUUCCCCUCAAAGUAACAACUCCUAGGCGAUCUGACUAUCUCCUACAAUACGAUGAUGCCGGAGCUUUGCAGUCACUGACAACGCCUCGAGGACAUAUUCACUCAUUUUCACUACAGACGUCGCUUGGCUUUUUCAAAUACCAGUAUUUCUCACCGAUAAAUCGUCAUCCAUUUGAAAUCUUGUACAACGAUGAGGGUCAAAUUCUAGCUAAGAUUCAUCCACAUCAAUCCGGGAAGGUUGCAUUUGUUUAUGACACUGCUGGAAGAUUAGAAACUGUCUUGGCCGGCCUAUCGUCAACCCACUAUACUUAUCAGGAAGCGUCUAGUCUCGUCAAAUCCGUAGAUGUAUUAGAUCCUGGAUUUGAAUUCAAACGAGAAUUCAAAUAUCACGCUGGAAUUGUCAAAGAAGAGAAGAUUAAGUUCGGAUCCAAAAGUGGCUUGGCUGCUGCACACUUCAAGUAUCAGUAUGAUGGCAAUGCAAGGCUUAAUGGAAUUGAAAUGGAUAUUGAUGAGAAGGAUCUUCCAAUGACUAGGUUCAAGUACAGUCAGAACUUGGGAAGUUUAGAAUCAGUUAGUGACCUCAAGAUUACGAGCAACGCUUUCAACAGAACUGUGAUACAAGACUCUGCUAAGCAGUAUAUAAUGAUAACUGACUUUGAUGACCAUGGUAGAGUUAAGAGUGUCUUGAUCAACGUUAAGACAGCUGACGUCUAUCGAUUGGAACUAGAUUACGACAAGAGAAACCGUAUAAAGACUCAUAAGACCACAAUUGGAAGAGUUACUUCAUCGGACAAAGUUAGUUACAACGCCGAUGGACAUGUUAUGGAAGUAAUCGGAACGAACAACUGGAAGUACCUUUAUGAUGAGAACGGAAAUACUGUUGGCGUUCUGGAACAGGGCGAUAAAACUAAUUUAGGAUACGAUACUGGGGAUCGUGUUAUUCAAGUCGGAGAUGUUGAAUUCAACAGCUAUGAUGCAAGAGGAUAUGUUGUUCGACGAGGUGAGCAGAAGUACAGAUACAACAAUAGAGGACAACUGAUUCAUGCUUUUGAGAGAGAUAAAUUCCAAACGUGGUACUUCUAUGAUGAUCGAGCCAGACUUGUUGCUAGUCACGAUGAGAAAGGCAAUGUGACGCAGUACUUCUAUGCACAUCCAACUCACACGAAUCUCGUUACUCAUGUUCACUAUCCCAAGACUGGGAAAACAUAUCGCUUCCUCUAUGACGACAGAGAUCUUUUGAUCGCAGUUGAAAACGGAGAUCAACGGUACUACGUUGCAACUGAUCAGAAUGGUUCUCCUUUGGCUUACUUUGAUACAAACGGUAACAUCAUUGAGGAGAUCCGUAGAACACCGUUCGGAAGGAUCGUAAAGGACUCCAAUCCUAGUCUCUUUAUUCCUAUUGACUUCCAUGGAGGUAUCCUUGAUCCUAACACAAGAUUGGUUUAUGUUGAGAACCGCCUGUAUGAUCCUACUGUGGGUCAAUGGAUGACUCCAUUAUGGGAACCAUUAGCAACGGAGAUGAGUCUACCCACCGACGUCUUCAUCUACAGAUUCCAUAACAACGAUCCAAUUAAUCCCAAGGAACCUAUGCGGUACAUGACUGACAUCAAGUCUUGGUUGAAGCUGUUUGGGUACGAUUUGAAAGCAAUCCAGGGAUCCAAGUAUACCAGAGAUAUGGUACAUAUUCCUCAGGCUACUAUCAAAUCUCCACUUCUAGCUCCAGACUUUGGAGUUAUGUCGGGACUUCAAUGUAUUGUUGAGAAGAUUGACGAGAAAUUCUCCGAUUUUGGUUUUGUGCCCAAACCCCUUCUCAAAAUGGAACUGAAGACCAGGAACUUGCUGCCACGAGUAGCCUACCGUCGCGGGGUGUUCGGAGAAGGUGUACUGAUAUCUAGCAUUGGUGGUCGAGCUCUAGUUAGUGUUGUAGACGGCUCCAAUAGUGUUGUUCAGGAUGUGGUCUCAUCAGUAUUCAACAACAGCUUCUUCCUCGAUCUUCACUUUAGUAUCCACGAUCAGGAUGUUUUCUACUUUGUCAAGGAUAAUGUCCUGAAACUUCGAGACGACAUGGAAGAGCUUAAGCGAUUGGGAGGUAUGUUCAACACGACAACGCAUGAGAUAAAUGACCAUGGUAGUGGAACAGCAGCCAAAGAACUUCGAUUGCAUGGACCAGAUGCUGUGGUGAUCAUCAAAUACGGAGUGGAUCCGGAUCAGGAGCGUCAUAGAAUUCUCAAACAUGCUCACAAGAGGGCCGUAGAGAGAGCGUGGGAACUGGAAAAACAGCUAGUGGCAGCUGGAUUCCAGGGCCGUGGUGAUUGGACUGAAGAAGAGAAGGAAGAACUGAUCUCCCAUGGAGAUGUGGAUGGAUAUAUUGGGACAGACAUUCACAGUAUCCACAAGUACCCACAGCUUGCUGAUGAUCCUGGAAACGUAUCUUUCCAGCGGGAUUCAAAGAGGAAACGUCGCAAGAGCGGAGUUCAUCAUACAUCCAGCUCGAAUGUGGCAGCAUCUCGUCAAAGACGCCACAAUACGUGAGAAUAGAUCGCGAUCAAGUGCGAUCAUCUUCGCCUGUUUUCAUGGCAAUUGUGAUAUCGAAGUUAAGGCAAGACACCUUUUGAGUAAUAGACAGUCAUAACGUAAGUUUAAGGCAAAACAAAAACUAAUAAGAAAACAAAA